AAGCGUAGGCGUAGCAUGGAUUCAGACAGAAGGGUCGUAUGAAUAUGAAUGUGACCGUUUUAAUGGAUACCUGAAGGAAAGGCAGUUGAGACAAACUUAAUGUACACAAAAACCCUUUGCCAUUUUCGCUUUCUUUAAUUUUUUAAGCCUCUAAAGCAGAGUAAUCCCGAGGACUCUCCGGCAAGAACGAAAAAGGGGGCCUUGCCCUAUCGUUAUUACUUAUUAAGAAGCUGAAGAGACUGGAUAUAGAAAAAAAAAAAGUGAAAAAGAGAGGAGAGAGGGGGGAGAGAGAGAGAGAGGGAAAUUAUUUGGCAGCUCCUCCUCAUCUUCCUCGUUUACACUACCAAAGUUUUGGAAUUUUGCAUCAUCCCCUGUUCUAAUAUUUUAUAUGUAAAUAAAUUUGCUUUUUGUGUUUGGUAUAUGUCUGGUCUGGGGGUCCUGGGCUGGGCAGGGGGUUCAAGGUUAAGACAGACAGUGGAUUCAGGAUUGCAGCAAUCCGGUUUUGUCAGAAACGUCGAGCGUGGUGUUUCCCUCGGUGACACCCACGCCUCUUGCCUUUCUUCUUCCUCCCUCCCGGCCGCAAAGCAGAGACAUUAAUGGUGGUUUUGCUUUUGCAUGUUGUCUGACGGUGGCUCUGCCAUGGCGAUUCUCUCCAAAUCCAUUGGAGAUAAACUUUGACUGAUUCCUGGUUUCACUGACAAGGAAACAUGAAAUUGGGAUCAAAGAAAGGAUGGAAGUCCAUUGUUCCUAUGCGUUUGAGAGGCAAAGCAGCCACCCGUUUCUGUCUAUUCCCUAAAAUGAAGCCAGCUGGCUAUGGUCCAGGCAAUACACCGGUAUAUCUCAAUGUAUAUGACUUGACACCCAUGAAUGGCUAUCUCUACUGGGCUGGCCUUGGUAUCUUUCACUCCGGAGUUGAAGUGCAUGGUGUUGAAUAUGCAUUUGGGGCUCACGAUUACUCAACAAGUGGUGUCUUUGAGGUCGAACCUCGCCAAUGCCCAGGCUUCAAGUUCAGGAAGUCCAUAUUCAUUGGGACAACAUGCUUGGACUCGAAUCAGGUUAGGCAAUUCAUGGAGUAUCACUCUACCAACUUCCAUGGUGAUACGUAUCACUUGAUUGUGAAGAACUGCAACCAUUUCUGCAAGGAUAUUUGUUACAAGCUGACUGGGAAACCAAUUCCUAAAUGGGUUAAUCGACUUGCAAAAAUAGGUUCAGUCUGCAACUGCAUCCUUCCUGAAACCCUUAAGAUAACUGCGGUGCAACAUGAACCCAAAUACCAAGCAUUCGGUAGUGAGAAGAGGAGACUGAGAGGUUCCUUUAACUGCUUGUCUUCGAUCUCAAUGCGACAGAAGCAGUUAUCAACAUCUUCACUGUUUCUAGCUUCACCCUUGAAGACCUGCCUGCCACCAUGGGAAUUGAGAAGGUCUAGUAAUGGCUUGUUGAAGGAAAGGUAAGAUGGCCUCUCAUAAAAUUCCACCCCUUGCUCAUCUUAGACGUGAACAUGUCCAAUCAGAGGUUUCUCUAGUCUGUAAAUUUUCAGCAUGGUAACCAAGCUCCUCCUUAAACUCAGUGGCGGAGGAGAGGGGGUGGGGAGGAUUUUGCUUCAAACAUCUUUUGUUUUUCCCCUUUGGUUGUACAAAGUUUCUGGUGUAAUGCUUUAUCAUGUUUGUAACAGUGUUCUGGCAGUUGAAAGCUUUUAGAUGCCAAGUGUUACAUUCUAGAUUAGGGGAAAGAAACAGGUAAAUCAAAGCAUUGCUCUGUUAGGGACUCUUGUUUCUUAGAUUUUGUUUAAAUAUUCUCGAUUGUUAUA